CGGCGGAACUAUAAAAAUAGAAAAUCGAAGGCUCCCUGUAUUAUCGAUUAUGUUGACAUAAAGGCAGUAGCUUGUCAUUAGAUGGCAUUUGAAACAAUUGGAAACUUAUAGUAGUUUGAUCAACUAGGAAAAAUUGGUUCAGUGAUCAAUAUCUAUUUCAAAAAAGAAAAUGUCUUCUCGUUAUGAUUUAAUGUAAUCUCACUUUCUUGAUUUUCAGAAAUUUUUUAGAACGCGUGACAAGUGUACGAUGUUACAUUUUCGUAGUCUCUUUAGUUGUUAAAGAACAACUGUUAAAAUGUUUGGUUUUUAAUCCUUUGUUCAAUCGAAAAAUUGUUAAGCAGAUUAGUAUUUUAAGGUUAUGAAGUUGCUUCAUAUAUUUAUAAGAAAAUAUUUCAGUUUAAGCAUAUCCCCAGUGCGAAUAAUAUUUUCAAGUUAACUUAUGUUUUAUUAUGAAGCGUCGUCAGAGAAGGCCUGUUUUAGAACUUAAUCAGUCGCAUUCUGGUUCUCACGGGGAAUAUGUACAAAAUAAACGUAGACAAAUAAAUAACGAUUAUCCUGGACAAAAUGUACCUGCUAAUUCUUUGGCAAACAUACUUUGUCAUUACAAUUCAGAUAGCGAUACCGAGGAGUCUAAAAAGGAUGUUUGUAAAUUAGAUGAUCAGGUCAAUAAUUUUUUCAAGGAAAUUCAACUUAUUGCUCCUAAACAACCAGUAUCAAGUGAAUCUCUUGUUAACUCGGCUGUGAAUUCAAAUACAUGCCAAACAAACCACGUAAACCAACAAGCACUAAUGUGGAGAGAAUGUUUAGAUGAGUCUUCAGGAUAUCCAUAUUACUGGCAUGUUGAGACUAAUGAAGUAACAUGGGAAAUGCCAGAUGAGUUAAGAUAUUUGAAGAACAAUGUUAAGUCAAGUUCUAUUAUGAAACAGUUGCAAGAAUCUCAUUGGGUUGAUUUUUCGUCUGUUACAUAUCAACAAUCUCAUGAAAACAUACCAGAAGGUAUGAUACCCAGGGAAGUAGUGGCACGCAAUCGCAAUAGGUAUAUUUGCAAUGAAAAUACUAAAAAACGAGAACCUCAAACUGAACAAGACACUGCAAAUACAUCUGAUACAAUGGAUAACGACUCUGACGAUGGGAAAAUAGAAAUGAUAACAUCCUAUGGAACCGAAGAAAGCGAUUCUGACACAGAAGAAGAGAAUCAUUCGAAAACGAAAUCAACUUCGGUGGCAGAGUCGACUAGUGCAAGUUCAACGUCAAAAACAAAAAGUACUGAUACAUAUCCUUCAUCGACAUCGGUAAUACAGCCCCAACUACCGAUGGUUUCUCAGACUCCAGGUCCAGAUUAUGAAAAUAAGGAAAUCGUGGAGUACGCAAAACCAGAAGUAUCAUUAGAUGUAAAAUCGGCCGAAGAUACAGAAACUAAGUACUUAAAGUCUCAAGUUAAACAACAGAGUGCAACUCAGGAAUCUGAAGAAUGCACAAGCAGUGAUAAUCAAGUAGUCAAGGAGUCUUUUAUGAAGAAAAGUAUUAGCAAACAUAAUACUGAGGCCGAGUUAGAUUUCCGUAUUUCUUUGGUACCAGGAUAUGACGAAGAUUCAGAUGUCGAGGAAGAGUCUGAAGCUAAACAAGAGAGAAAAACUUUGUUCCCAAUUCCUUUGACGGAUAGUACUAAAGAAAGUACACUUGAUGAAAGUCAAGUACUAAAUACAAACACCUUAUUAAACAGUACCGAAGAGAGUAACUCCGAAAGAAAAAAUAGCCACGAUCAAGAGGACGAACAACCUUCAGAAAAGACAGAGUCCAAAGAAGAAUCUACUGUGAAGCCUGAUGAUGACGCGCAGAAGUCGAAUAAAUUCCUUGAUAACUUGUCCGGAAGGAAUAAAUUCUUUCAAAGAAAGAAAAGAAUCGCGUUUGAUGUUACGUCUACGAAAACAAAGGUGGACGACGAAAAUGAAACCAAUAAAACAGAAGUCGAGAUUCAACGAGAAGAGUCGAAUUCAUGUGAUGAACACGCUGCAUCUCAUACUGAUCAGCAAGAGCAGUAUGAUACGAUGAGCGAAAAUACUGUGGAGAAUACUCCGAAUUUUAAAGAUGAACCAAGCAGCACACUGGAAGAGGCAAACAUAUCGUCUGAAACGUCUAACGAGUCGAAAGAAGAUGAGGGAGAAGUUAAUUUAUUAUCGCAAAUCGUUCUUGAGAAGUUGAAAUUCUUGUCAGAAGGAAAACCAAGCGUGUCUCCAGUUCAAAUGAUGUCUAUACAGUUACAAACACUGUGUAUUGCAUGGGAAGGAGGUUACUUAGAAAAAAGUUACUUACGUAGAUGGUUGUCUGAUACUAGUCAUGAAUUGGAACGCUUGGAACAAGAUGCAGCACCACCUGGAUGGCUUUGUCAAUGGGAUAGGUCACAUAAGCGAUAUUAUUACCAGAACACCUCCACUGGAGUUACACAAUGGACAUAUCCGGACACUGGCAUCGCUGGUGGUGCAGAAGAAAUGGAGAUUUGCUCAACGCCUCCUCCAACGGAGCAGGAAGAGAUGAUUAUUUCUGCAGAAGAAGAAGGACUGAAAUUGAAAUCAAAGAAACUGCAAGAAAAUGGAGAGACAAACGAGGACCCCACAGCUCCAAGGAACAGUGACAUUGAAGCUCCACCUCCGCCACAAAUUUCAAACCCAAGCCCCCCACCACCACCAAAAAUAUAUGCAGAGGAUUUGAAAAGGGAUAAAAGAAAACAGGAUAAAUGCAACGACAAGCUAGAUGGUAAAAAACAGCGGCUGAGAGAAGAGGGAACGAUACUAGUUGAAGCGAAGCAACUGGAAGAUCCCGUUGCACCUUCUCAUUCGUCAGCUCUGUUGUCUCCUCAGCCCACGACUCUUGUCAACGUAACGAACGCAGAGCCACUACCGCCAGGUGUAGACUUAACGGAAGCGCCAUAUGAAAUACCUGCAACUGCUCUGAAACGAAUUAUAUACGGCGCUGUGCAGCCUCAGGGUGGUGCACUCUACGAUGCAACUGCAAGGGAUCCGACAGUUCCUAUUUUAAGUCAUCCAGCGGCCAUAGUACAAGAACAUUAUCUUCAAUACCCAGCUUAUCAUCAGCAUUUACACGCACCAGCGGCCUUAGUACUUCCACACAAACACAAUGUACAACCUGCAAUUCAGCUAAUACCUGAUUACACACCAAUAUAUACGAAUCACAAGAUCAUCGAGAAACCGCCGGUUAAGACAGCCAAGGAAUCUUUGGUGUCCGCUUUAGAUUCGUUUUAUAAUGAUAUAGCUCGUAUAGAAAAUACUGGGAUGGAAAAACCACCGCAAAGACAGGAUAUCCCCAUAGCGGAACCUGUUUCUUUGCCUAUGGAGGAAACUAAAGCAGAGGUAGAACAGGAAGCUCUUCCAGUUGAAAUUGCAGUGAAAGAGAGAAAGAGGAAAAAGACGAGAAUCGGUAUCAGUAAGAAGCAUAAAGAGAUGUCUAGUAUGGUAGCUAAAUGGCAGAAAGUGCAGCAAAAUUUCGAGAAUACAUAAACUGACCAGAUAGUUGUGUUCCACAGGGAUGAGAUACAAUUUUGCAAUAUUUAAGUCGUUGAACAUAGAAUAGUGCACUGUACUUCCGUCAGUAUAGUGUUCCUGUACCUGCAAUUAAUAUUGUUAUUAAUGUAUGCUCUUUUUUUAUUUUUUAAAUUCAAUGAAUUUAAAUCGCGAAUCAGUGGAUCAUGCGAAUAAUGUAAAUUUUGAGAUGUUGUCAUCGCAGAAACGAUUUUUAUUAUUUGUAUAAAACGCAUGCUGAUGACUUUUAAAGCUCACAAAGCGUUAUUGCAAUUUAUAAGCAUUUAAAAUAAAAGAAACGUAAAUUAAUAGUA